GUGCAGAAUUGUAUUGUACGUUGAACAUUCCGUCGGAGUUAUCGUCGCAGAGUGCCCGCGUCGUUGACGCUUUUGUAUCGCGUAUAACGCGCUCCACAGUUGUUGCAACUUUUAGUGCGGCCUAAUUAUACGCCUUACUAUCGCACGGGAUCACGCACGCGAUCCCUGUAGUGCCCGCUAAAGUUUCAAAAUGUGAUAUGUUUACGCAAAUAUCAAAUUACUAUUCACAGAGCACAUAAUAAUUAUUAUUACAUUACUAGAAGUGACUAAGUGUUUCCAAGUUAAAGUGUUUACAUCGUCUGUGAUACAGGAAUGUCAAUUUUAAACUACGCCUCGAAUAUAAAGCUGGGAAUAGACGAGACGGUCUAUUAAAAAAUUGUGUGAAGGAAAAAGGGAUUUACACUACGCAAUGCAUGGACGCCGUUAAUUUAACUUAAAAUUUGUUUAUUUACUUAGAUUUAAAAACAAACCAGCCAAAAUGAGUAGCAGCUUAACGAGGCGACUUUUGAUAUUUGCCUUUGGAUGUAUAAUAAAAUGUCAAUGUAUAUUAGCAGAUGAAGAAAUUAAGGGACCGAUUAUUUUGCCGAACACAAAUCAUGUUAUACUAAAAAAUGGGCAAAAUUUUACAAUAUAUUGCAAAUCGUUCAUGCCGGUACAGAUAAAACAACAACAUAUCUCAGAAAAUGAUUUCGGAAAUUUCACUAUGGUACAAAGAAAUUUAACGAGAGACAAUACGUUGAAUGAAUUCGAAUCUGCACUAGAUUUAUUCAAUGUGGAUAGGUAUGCAAUCGGAUACUACGUUUGCUUUGAUAAUACUGUAAAUGAAAAAGCCGUCCUUCACAACAUACUGAAAGAACCAAACAACACCGCACACGUUUCGUAUAUUUACAUCUACGUUGAUGAUACUGGUAAACUAUUUGCACCUAUGAGAGAAAUAAUCAUGGCCACUGUGGGAACGAUGGUUGUAAUUGAAUGUAGGCCUACAACGCCUGAUGUAGAGGUUACUCUGUUAGGGGACUUUGCAGACAGUGAUAACCAACAAUAUAGUUUUAGCCCUAAAAUUGGGUUCACCUUCAGUAGCGAUGCACUUUUGGAUGUACCCAUGACAGGUUUCCUCUGUAACUUUGUGGCACAAAACAAAAGUGAUACGAUAGAAGUUUUUGUACAAAAAUUAUAUCUGGUCGAAACUCCGAAGCCAGACAUUAAGAUGGACUCAAAGUUCUUUCUAGAAGGGGAGUCAUUUUGGCUCAACUGCAGUGUUGAAUACCAACUUAGCCCAGUACUACUGAAUUGGACUUAUCCACGAGGUGUUUCACAGAGUAGCGUUUAUGUUGACACAAAUGAGGAAACCGUGAAAAAUUCGGGGAUUUUACUGUACAAAAAUAUAAAGAUAAGUAAUGCUAACGAAGUACAUGAUGGGAAUUACACUUGCACAAGCUUUAGUUCGGUAUCUACGAGUAAUCAUACUACCGUUACAAAAGUAUAUAAGGGAAAAACUGGAUUUGUGAACAUAGAUUACGGUAAUUUAAAGCUUCCAAUUGAAACCAAACAAAAUAGAGCUACAUUAAUAGUGAAAGUGCUUGAUACAUAUCCCAAAGCGCAUUUUACCUUUUAUAAAAAUGAAAAUGAUAAUGAAAUGAAAGAGAUAAUAAUAGAACCACCAAACAACAAAAACUAUCAAAGAAAAUAUAAUAUUACGUAUGAAACUGGGAAAGUGAUACUGACCAUAUUUCAAUUAAAUAUUAACGAUACAGCUAAUUAUACAGUAGUGGCUUCCAACAAGUAUGACGAAAAGAAGUUAAUAUUUGAUUUACGGAAAAAAGCUCCUGCAGAAAUUUACUUUGAGUCAGGUGAUAAGAAAGUUUUGCUGAACACAGACGCUACAUUACAGUGCAUAGCUAUUGGGUAUCCUCUACCAAACAUUCGAUGGUACUUUACAACGGAAGCGGGACAUCGAGAGGACAUUACUGGCAAGGCUGAAAAUCAGGUUAAGUCUUUAACUACAGUGACGUCAUACCUAAAAAUAACGGCAUACACUUCAGGGAACAUAACGUGCAGUCCAGGCACCGAAUCUAAUAAAGCAUCUGUUUCAAGAAGAUUUCUUGUAAACGAAAUCCAUAAUGGUUUUGGCGUUAUGAACGCAAGCGACAAAACUACUACGUGGUACUACGAGGGUCAGGAUGCAACACUUGAAUGUUUUGCGUCAAAAUACGACUUUGAUAAUGUGACAUGGAUCAGGAACAAUGAAAUACUGUCAGACCACGUAACAGUAAUAAAUACUAAGCUGUCCCACGUUGCACAGUUAAAGUUGAACAGUGUUGUCAUUGAAGACGCCGGUAACUACACAUGCUAUGCGUAUAAAAUUGACAAUUCCGAAGAGAGUGAAACAGUGUACAUCACUGUCGAAGAAAGACGAGCACCAAACAUGACAGUUCCAGCCAAAGAAGUGAACGAGGAAGUAGAUCCAUAUCAACCGAUACGUCUCACUUGUCAAGUUAACGCUGUUCCUCCCCCUGUCAUAACUUGGUACAAGGAUGACAAAGAACUAGAAAAUAACACUAACGUGGACAUAUUUACUGAUUAUUUGGAUUAUACUCAUACCACCGUUAAUUCUACAAUUGAUGUCAAACAAGUUAAGGGCGAACAUAAAGGGAAAUAUAAAUGUGUGGCGGAAAGUGGAGAAAACUCUGUCAGUGGUUUUUACAAUCUUAUUAUUAAAGAACAAUCUCCGGUAUUGUCAGCUAUAUACCUAAGUAUUAUAGGAGUCGUCGUGUUUCUCCUUGUUUUAUUGAUAGUAUAUUUAAUAUGGAAGAUACGAAAAGAAAAACAGUUCCGAAAAGAAUUAGCGGCUGCCGGACUUUUGUAUUUCAAGGAAGGAGUGACGAGAUCUCUGAACCCAGAGCUGGGUAUUGAUGAGCAAGCCGAACUCUUGCCGUACGAUGAAAGAUUUGAGUUUCCUCCUGAGAAGCUUAAUUUUGGUAAACAACUAGGCGCAGGUGCUUUCGGCGUCGUAUAUAAAGCAGAAGCUCGCGGAAUAAUCAACGCUGAGGAAACUACACCCGUUGCUGUUAAGAUGGUUAAGAAGACUGCAGAUAACAUGUACAUAAAAGCCUUAGCAUCCGAGCUUAAGAUAAUGGUACACCUCGGCAAACACGUUAACAUUGUGAACUUACUGGGGGCGUGUACUAAAAAUGUUGGCAAACGUGAACUCGUCGUGAUCGUGGAGUACUGCAAAUUUGGCAACAUUCACAACUACAUGCAGAGGCAUCGCGAGGUUUUCAUUGACCAACUCACAGAUGACAAGGAGAAAAGUCUCGGGAAGGUCAACAGAGGGUUUAUCUGCACCACCGGGAGUACUGGCAUCCAGUCAGACUACUACGGGUCGAACCACUCGCAAGAGACCAACCACACUUUCGUUAAUACUGCUAAUACAAACAGAUCCAGCAGAAAAGUUUCAGAGACGGGGUAUGUUCAACCCGAAUGGCGUUCGAAUUACGAAACCGACUACGUUUUCGACGGUCGCAACCCGCGGCCUUUGACUUCGCGGGACCUGUUGGCGUGGGCUUUCCAGAUCGCAAGGGGUAUGGAGUACCUCGCUAGCAGAAAGGUGCUUCACGGUGAUUUGGCAGCUAGAAACGUGUUGUUGGCAGAAGACAACGUUGUUAAAAUAUGCGACUUUGGCUUAGCGCGAAGCAUUUAUAAAAACGACGAGUACAAGAAACAAGAAAAUAGCCCCCUUCCAGUGAAAUGGUUGGCCAUCGAGUGCAUGACCGACCGCAUAUUUUCGACGCAAUCCGACGUAUGGUCAUUCGGUGUCGUGUUGUGGGAGUUGUUCUCGCUCGCCAAGACGCCGUACCCCAACGUUAGCCCUCCAAGUCUUGUUCAGUGGCUCAAUGAAGGUCACCGUCUGGAAAAACCGCAGUACGCUGACAACCGGCUAUACGAAGUGAUGCAGCGAUGUUGGCAACAGAAGCCCACAGCGCGACCGAACUUCAGCCAGCUGCAGGAGAUUCUCGGCUCAUUCCUUGAAGACAAUGUUCGUAAUCACUACGUUGAUCUGAACUCAGCGUGUAUGAAUUCGAACGUGGAGACGGAGGGACAGGAGGACUACCUGGCGAUGGUGUGCGCUCCCGACUACAACAACAUGGUAUCGCCCAGUCCGCACCAAUACGUCAACGACGCUCGCAGCUUCUUCCCACUCACUCCAACGCAACUGCUGCCUGAUGAUGAAGGUUAUUUACAUAUGAGUCCGGCAAAUCAAAACAAUAUAUUCAGCCCUAAAGCGCUAGGAAAUAAAUUUGAUUUCGACGCACGAAAACUGAACCAAAGGACUUCUGAUAUCGGUCAUAGUCAAGGCUCCGAGCUCACACCGAUGUUAAGUUUGAACAACUUGCCUACCAGAAGCGGCUCAGAAUCAGAUCACGAAGGAAAUACGUCGCCAUACCUAAAGAUGUGUCCUAGAAUCGAAGAAGAGUCCGACGACGUGUUUGAAACCAAACAGUACAAUUUCAAGAAUGCACAGAACAACCUGAACAGAGCCGUCACGAAUCCAACCUAUAUAACCCUGGAAGUAGACUUAGAAAAGAAACCACAGAACAUUACCAAUAGUUACAUUAAUGUACCAAAUGGUCUAGUCAAAUAAUUCAUUAUAAUCUACAGCACAAAAACUCUUUGCUACUUUAUUACGCUAUUUAAUAUUGAUUUUCAUCUUCUAAGAUUUGAUCUCCUACUAUGUAUGUAAUUUUGAUUAAUAAAUAAGUUAAAAUUGUAGAAAUCUCAAUGAUGUAAUUAUAUAUCCUUUGCUGUUUGUAAUGUUAUAUGAAUAUUGCAUUGAUUACCUAUUAUAUUUGUAAAAUGAAUAUUAUGGUUUAUAAAUACCUAAAUAUAGAAAAGGGUGUUUAUCUUAGUAAUGAGAUGUGUACGGAAUAUAUUGUGAUAUUUUGUGGUAGAAAGGCUGGAAAUGAUUGAUAAGAUCGCUUAAUGUAAAAUUACUGUUAUAUUUUAAGAUUUUAGUAUAUUGUCAAUUUAUUCAAUGAACGCAAAGACCCACCAUUAUAGUUUUACCGUGUAAAUAUUAUAUUAUUAUAAAGCAGGUUAAUGUUUGCCACAAAUAAGCAAAGUUUAUUUUUUCAGAAAUUGUACGUACCUAAUAUAUUAUAUGAAAUAAAACUAUUUAUAUACUUGAUAAUAGUGGUAUGUGUAUCCAGAAGAGCAUUUAGAGAUUGUUUAAAGGUGGUGAAAAACUUAAAAGGCGAUAGAAGUUAAAAUUUUAAAGUAUUUUCAUCAUUGAGUUCAUAUUUUUUGAAGUUAGUUUUAACGGCAUAUAAUUAAUGUCUGUAGCUACAAAGAUUUUAACGAUAAAAUCUGACAGGUCUACAGUAUGAUUCAAUUCGAGGUGUUGCAGUCAGUCGCUUAUUUUAAAUUUAUGUUAUAAAAUAAGAGCCUUUGCCAGAAUGUGUUUUCAAUAUCAAACCAAAAUGGAGUAAAUAAAAUCAAAUUAAUACAGAUGUAUAACAUAUAUAUAACAAUAUGAUAAUAUAUGUUACAUAACGAUUUACCAGUAUUUUUUAGUUUUGUAAGUUUAAAUACUCUUAUGUACCUACCAUCUUCUUCUCAUGUUAUAUACCUACCUUACUGUAUCAAAAUUGAUUUUCUUAGAUUUUUAAAGGUUUCAAAAGUUUUCAAAAGUUUAAUAUUUUCAAAGGUUUUGUUGUCAAUUUUGACUAUGGUUUUAUUUUGUAAUAUAUUUAUCUUUUAUGGAAUUACUCAUUUUAGUUGUAUUUUCAGUUGUUCCAUCAUUAUUUGAAAUUAUUUUCUUUCUUACAAUAUGAUGAAUUAUUUUAGCUUUAGUACUUUACUUGAUUAAAAAUGAUUUGAUGAAGUGAAUUUCAGUUAUAUAUAUUGAAAUAGAAAAAGUAUGGCUUUACGUCUAAAAGUCGUUAAGAGUAACUGUUGCUGAAUAUGUCGAAUUAAAAAAAAAAGACUUUGUGAACGUGUUUACGGAAUAUCUCUUUGAAUUAUUUAAUUUUACAGUACAAGUUAAACCUCAUAGAUCUAAUAUAAUUGUAGUUAUUUGUUUAUUAUAAAUAUUUCACAAUAAUUCCCAUACGAAGAUAAUUAUUACUUCAUCAUCUUGUAAACAUCCCUACAAACUCUAUGUUCUUUAAAUAAUUGUCUCUAAAUGUUACAAUAUAUUGUAAAUGGAUAUAUUAUAAUACCUAAUAAUAUAUUUUUUAUUGUUUGAUGACGUUAAAUCAAAUUAUAUACAUAAUUUGGUUUAAAAUUAGAUGCCAUAUUAUACUCGAUACAAGUAUAAAUAAAUGUGAUAUUAUAAAAUUC